AUGACUUUAAGGUCAGAAUGGAUCAAUUUUGUUCCGCCCGAUUCUCAGCUAUUACAGAUGUUGAGCUUAAGCAUAACGUGCCAGGCCCAUGACUUCUGGCAAGACAGACUGCAUGUCCCCUCCCCGGGGCUGCUCUGGCAUAUGAAUCCUGACUGUAUGCGGGAGCCAUACCGUGAGGGCACUUACACUUGGGUAGUCAAAUUCCCCUUUUCAUUUAUUGCUCUAGCUGCUGCCUCAAAUAUUUGGAUUGCUAUGGUUUCUCGAUUGUUAGGUGCUUUCAAAAACCAAAAACAGGUGACCAGAAGUUUUGGUAGUGCUGUACAAACAGUAACUUUAAUCCCAGGAGAUGGCAUAGGACCCGAGAUUUCUGCUGCUGUCAUGAAGAUCUUUGAUGCUGCCAAAGCUCCUAUUCAGUGGGAGGAGAGGAAUGUUACAGCUAUCCAAGGACCAGGAGGGAAGUGGAUGAUACCUCCAGAUGCCAAAGAAUCCAUGGAUAAAAACAAAAUGGGAUUAAAAGGGCCAUUAAAGACCCCAAUUGCUGCAGGACACCCAUCAAUGAAUCUGCUUCUGCGUAAAACCUUUGACCUUUAUGCAAAUGUACGUCCCUGUGUCUCAAUUGAAGGGUACAAAACCCCAUACACAGAUGUGAACAUUGUCACAAUUCGAGAGAACACAGAAGGCGAAUACAGUGGAAUUGAGCAUGUGAUUGUGGAAGGUGUUGUGCAAAGUAUCAAGCUGAUCACAGAAGAAGCUAGCAAGCGUAUUGCAGAAUUCGCUUUUGAGUAUGCCAGAAAUAAUCAGAGAAGCCACGUUACUGCUGUGCACAAGGCAAAUAUUAUGAGAAUGUCUGAUGGGCUUUUCUUGAGAAAAUGCAGGGAGGCAGCAGAAAACUGUAAAGAUAUUAAAUUUAAUGAAAUGUAUCUGGAUACUGUGUGUCUGAAUAUGGUUCAGGAUCCAUCACAAUUUGAUGUGCUUGUUAUGCCAAACUUGUAUGGUGACAUUCUCAGUGACUUGUGUGCUGGACUGAUUGGGGGUCUUGGAGUAACACCAAGUGGAAAUAUUGGUGCUAAUGGAGUUGCGAUUUUUGAAUCGGUUCAUGGAACGGCACCAGACAUUGCAGGAAAAGACUUGGCAAAUCCAACUGCCCUUCUUCUGAGUGCUGUAAUGAUGUUGCGUCACAUGGGACUACACCAACAUGCCACAAAAAUUGAAACAGCUUGCUUUGAUACAAUCAAAGAUGGAAAGGUCUUGACAAAAGACUUGGGAGGUAGCGCCAAGUGUUCAGAGUUCACAGAGGAGAUCUGCCGCAGAGUACGGGACACAGACUAAACUUUUCUCAUACCACUCAUAAUAACUCCGAAAGGACACAUCACACAAAGUACAUUAUAUAUAACUUGACGUCCAUAUGCAUAUAGUUUGCUUGUCUCUUCAGAGAGCAAACUUUUUAGUUAGGGCCUCUCCAUUAAUAAAUUUAGUCCAAAUGGC